UAUCCGGUAGAUGGCGUUGCUAGGACGCGCGUAUUUAAAAAAUGGUUGCCAGGGCGUUAAAGUUUGUUAAAUCAAUGGCUAGAUUUUUGGGUAUUAAGUUUUAGUCAUGUCGUGCAUCUGCUUGGGUCCCAAACGUGCGGGCAAAACGCAUCUGCUAAAGGCACUACAAGAGCCAGACUCCAUUGAUGAGACGAGCUACUCCAUGCCCACCAUCGGCACUGGAAUCUACCGCAUACAUUUUCCCGAGAAGUCUCCCAAUGGCGACAAGCCGCGUCCGCCCGCCGAUGCAGCUGCUACUCAAGCAACUCCACCUGCCAAGCAUGCGCCAAAGUUUAUUCAAAUUCUGGAGAUUGGAGGCAGCAUGGCGCCGCUUUGGCGACAGAGUCAAUACUUUGAGGACGUGAAGAAGCUCAUCUAUGUGGUGGAUGCAUCCAAUCUCUGUCAGAUCUCAGCAGCGGGCGUGCUCUUCUACUCGAUUCUGACGGAACCGCGACUGCAAAAAGUGAAAAUACUGCUGGUGCUGACCAAGAUGGAUUAUUCGUAUCGCCAGAUGCGCAACGAGGCGCUGCUCAUGCUGCAAAUGUCCAAGCUGCAGAAGCAAAUACGCCAACAACUGACAAUCGCAGAAGCCAGCGCAGUCACCAAGGUGGGAUUGGACACCAUUUACGAGUGGCUGAAGCGACCAUAAGAUGAGGUUGGGGAUUAGGAAGGGCAAAGUUUAAAUAA